CGAUAUUGUGAGCAAUGAAAUUUGCAGACUUACGUGCUGAUUUUUUUGGGUCAGUGCGAAAAUCAAAGGUGACACGCCGCAACUGGAGCACUAGGAACUCACCGUCAACGAAACGCCGGCGGCCGAACGACGGUAUUACUCAUCCGGAAGGCGAAACCAUCGAUUUGCAGCACACACAAGGGCAAACAAAAGUGCCCACGCACACAUUGGCAAGGUUGCCCCCCCUCCUUUCGAUCCCCACAAACACACGCUCACCCACACCAGCAUAGGAAAACCGACACACAGACGUCACGAUGACUGCGCCGCGACGCCUGCGAAAAGAAUUGAGCGAUUUGCAGGACAACACACUGAAGGCCUUCCGGGACAUCAAGGCGGACGAUGACAACCUGCUGCGCUGGACGGGAUUGAUUGUGCCGGACAAUCCGCCGUACAACAAGGGCGCCUUCCGCAUCGAGAUCAACUUUCCGGCGGAGUAUCCCUUCAAGCCGCCCAAGAUCAACUUCAAGACACGCAUCUACCAUCCGAACAUCGACGAGAAGGGCCAGGUCUGUCUGCCCAUCAUCAGCACUGAGAACUGGAAACCGGCCACACGCACUGACCAGGUCGUCCAGGCACUGGUGGACCUAAUCAACGACCCUGAGCCGGAGCAUCCGCUGCGGGCGGAGUUGGCAGAGGAAUUUCUCAAGGACCGCAAGAAGUUCGUAAAAAACGCCGAGGACUACACCAAGAAGCACAGCGAAAAACGUCCGGCCGACUAGCGGAUAGGCGUGGGAAGAGCAGGAGGAGGUGGACCAGUUCACAAUCCAUGUGUACCCUCACCCCUUAGUCUUGUGAUUUUUCAGUUAGUUAUUUAAUUUUCAUUUUUGAACCCCAAAAAACUAUCCUCAGCAAACAUGUAAGCGGAUUUCCCCGGCAGAGUACCUAGUUUUGUAAAAGUAGCACUGUAAUUUUAUGCAAUUGAGAAAUACAUGUUCGUUAUGUUAAAACACA